AUGAUUUGGAAGAUCCCAUGGAUUUUACUACGAUGGUGGAGUGGUUUACUCCUUCUAGCAGUGUAUGCCGAUUCGGCGUUCAGGUUUCGACCGCCAUCAAAACCACGAGAUUCGCAGCCGUUGGAUUUUGUGUUUCCAGACCACAUCUUACCCAGAAUUGACAGAACACAGUGUCCACCGGAGUUUCCGGUUUGUACGGAUGUAGCAAAUUAUCCUCAGAAGCUAGUCGAAGAAAUAGUGUCUCGCCACAAGGAACGGUAUGCCGAAGUGUUUGGUAACGACAUGGUGAUUGACAGUGGUGAUGAGUUACACAAAAAGUUCGAAACAUCCGACGAUGACUUCCUCUGUGUCAGUGAGCAAAAACUAGUUCAUCCCCAAAGUGGAUACAACGUGGCCGAAAAGUUGGUGAUGAUUGUCAACACACCGAACUAUUUACAGGGUGUUCGCAUAGAAGUGUGCCGUAAUCUGGAUAGGCCGUGUAGUAAACUUAAUCAUCUUACCUCGUUUUUUAAGACGACCUGUAAGCAACUGUACUCCUACCGCACGCUGCUGGCCAUUGAUCAGAAAACCAAACAGGCCUACAAGGAAUCAUUCCGGCUGCCAUCCUGCUGUAAAUGUGUGUUUCACACGUCGCAAGCAAUGCGCGAAAAUAAUUAG